AUGCGAGAAAAUGGGCACGGAGGUCGCCACUGGUCUCUUUCCCCUGCUUGUGGAAUGGCUUGUUCCUGCCCUUGUGCUUUUUGGUUUAGAGCUUGUGAGCUUGCACAGCCGCAGUGCCUCUCUACGCCCUUAGUGCCUGACUUUUACACCUUGCCUUGGGGUGUAGCGUCAGGUACUGAAAUGUCUGGCCCACAUUUUUCUUCGCUGGCUCGUCCAUCAUUCGCUGAAUUACAUCGGGGUACUGUGCCUUCUACACGUGUGUCUCAGGUAAUCUACGCGUUAUACCGUAGAUUUUCGCUUUCCGCGUGCACAGAGCGCGGUCGGCUAGCGGCAGCUGCCACUCCUCCUGAGCAGCCCGCUGCGUCCCCUGGCGUCUGCUCGCUUCCGCCACGGCUGCACAACCCCUCGCCUUUGAUGGAGAGCUGGGAAAAGAAUGUAAACUUUCGCUACAGAUCGGACUGCAGCACUGCAGAGCUGACGAGCGAUGCAGAACAGUCUUCACAGAGGGAAAACAGUCGCGCGGCAGACACGUGUACUGCUCCCUCUUGCAGCGUGCAGUUUGACGAAUUUGGCGACGCCGCGAAACUUAGGCGGAAAGUCCUUUUAGAAGAGGGCACACAGAGUCUCCACGCUACGCUCUCCCAUUGCCACAAUGUUUCAAAUGAAAUCGGAUCCCCCAAACAAGCUGCUUACUCGAGAAGUGCUAUGAUGUUGGCAUAUUAUGCACUCAGCGGCAGAGCCACUGUCACAAAGCCUGCCGCGGAUACUUCCACGGGCAAAGGCUGUAUGCGUAGGGAGUUGAGUGUGUGCAGUCUCUUCUGUGUGCUGCCUCUGCAGAGGCAGAGAAGCCUUCUCAAGCGACCCGAUAGAUUCCCAGAGUUUGUCAGAUACAUAGCGACUCCGCAAGAGAUCGACAAGUACCACAAAUCGGCAGAAGCUGCCGCAGCCUAUGGGGGUGCUUGCAGCUCCUCAAGAGACUCAGUCUCUUCUUUUGAGCAGGGGCAGCCGCGGCAGACCAGUAGAGACGGCAUCUCCCAAAGAAGAAAUAUCGUAGGCAGUCUGAAUUCCUGUCAGAGCGGCGCUUGCUCCCAAAGUGGCGAGGCAGCUGACGGCCAUUACAUUGCAAACAUUGAGGCGGUACCAGUCCUGCAAAGAGCGCAGAAGCUCCGCCAGAUAGACAUUGCGAUAACGGUGUAUGAUUCGUUCAAACGGCGAGCUAUUGCCAUGCGCCCUAACGUCUGUUUGCUCCUUGUCCACUGUGCACUCGCGGCGGGAGACUUUGUGCGCGCUGUCGGCUGGCUGUUGGAGUUCCUUGACGAGUGCGUUCCCAUACAAGGGGACUGGCUGGAUCGAGUAAUUGCAGCAACUGCCGUAGGGGCCUCUCACUUGCUGCAGGAGCUGCUGCAUCAGUUGGAGCGACUCCGGCAGAGCGACAAGCUGUCUCCGGAGUGCUGUGAGAUGCCACACCAGCCGCAGACUCUGCGACGGAAGUCUGUGCAAAGUUCGAAGGCGCAGCUCGUUCUGCCGCCUCCUCCUGCCCCAAGUGCGCCAGUUGCUCCAGCCGCGAAGACAGAAGCCGCCGAAUGCGAGAGCUUGGCAGCAGCAACAAAUGAAGCGGCGACAACAGCCGACGCUCCAGCAUCAGCUUCUCUAGCAGCGGAACUGAGGAGCGGCCCUCCAGAGGAAGCAGGGGGGGCAGGAGAAGCCUCCAGCGAAGCAGCAGCAGCAGCCGCUGCAUGCGCAGAGACAGAGAACCUCGAGACGACACAAAAUGCGGAGGUCGAAACAGACUCGACCGCAGAAACAAAGCUGGCAGCCAGGGUAGCCUCAGCAGGCGAUGAGGCAGCUGCAGUUGCUGAAGCUGCAACAGCGGCAGACAGUCCUAGCAAGCGGCUCAAUCCCUAUGCUCCAGAGUUUGUCCCUGUGUAUUUCUCCCUAUUAGACAAGCAGCAGAAGGCGGAGAACCCUCCGUCACUACGAGGAAGCCAUGGCAUCCAAGAUGUCUCAAGGCACUCGCGAGGGAGCUCCUUGCAGCAAGGGAGAGCGCCCCCAAGACAAGCAGCACACGCUGCAGCUUCAGCAGGAGCUGAUGCGGCUCUUGCACCAAGGCGACAGAAAGCAGGUUCCAUCUGCUGCUCCCGUCGCGCUUCCGACGCAGCCGCAGCGGAGCUACCCCCCCCCGCACCCCCUGCCGCCCCCCCUGAAUGCGUCGAGGCUGCGCAAAGACACUGCGACUCAGUGGAAGCCGAGACAUCCUCAGCUCCAGCAACAAGAAAGCUCGCUAGACGUUCCCAGCAGAGUGCGAAUUGCGCAAGCAAUCAUCACGAGCCUCUCAGGCAGCAGUGGACCGACAAGUCCUGCUUCUCCGGAAGCGGCGCGAUUGCAGCAAGUGGAGUCAAGUGA